UUCUAUAUAUGUUACAUACUUUUGUUGUUUACUUGGAAUUAUGCGGGUAUGCCGAUUCCCUGGUGUAUAAAAAGCUGGUUGAUAAUAGUAAAUUGUAUAAUUGUGUAAAGAGAUAGGAAUACUCAAUCUCAAGCUAGUUUCGCAAAAAGUUAAUCUCGAUCAGUUUAAUGCGUUCUUAUUUUUAAUAAACAUUUUUGAGGUUAAAGUGAUAUACUAAGUUGCAUUACGGAGAAGUAACAUUUCUGACUUUUAUAUAAUAUAUUGUAUGACUCUUAUGUACAUUAAUGUGUAUUGAAUGUUCAUGUAUAUAAUCCGCAAAUUUCCAUCAACCAGCCGCUCACAUCGGAUUGAAAUAAAUUAAUAUUUCAUAAAGUUUUUUAAUAAAACCUAUUAUCAAUGCUCCAAAAGCUAGAAAAAAAUGGCGAACCUAAUAUUUCUUGCAUUUAUAAUAUGCAAUAGUUGGAUAAAAAUCACCGCAAUUAUUCCAGGCUGCGAUUAUUUUGAUACUGUUAAUUUGACAGAUAUUGAGCCCUCAGCAGAUGGAUCAUAUAAGUAUGAGAAUAUCACAAUACCUAAACAUCAAACGGGAAAUUACAGUAUCUCCAUAUUAUCCAACGGUCGAGAAAAGCAUGUGACAGAACAUUUACGUGGAUGUGCUUGUCAGAAUGCGACGUGCAUUCGCUUUUGUUGUGAUCCACAACAAGUUCUUAUAGAAAGUGAACGCAGGUGUGAGAGUGUACAGGGUAUGAAGUACAGUUCUGAAGUGAAUAUAACAAAUAACAACGGAGAGGAAACGACUGUGGAUAUAUUCAACAAAUUUAUUAUACAGAAGCAGCUUUCUGUACCUUGUAAGAAUCGUUUUGUACUGGAUAAAGUUGGACACAACUGGACACUUUUUGAAAACGGCUUGCUCUACAACCACCAGACUAAUGAAAACGUUAACAAAGACCAGUAUUGUCUACAGCCCCAGAAAAUUUCAGAUGGUACUUAUAAAAUAAUGGCCCAUCAAUGUGCGGAAGAGGAUAAGAGGCUUAAUGCAAUCGUUGAAUAUUCAUCCGUAAUCUGUAUGACAGUCACGAUUUGUGUCUAUAUGUUUCUGCCGAAGUUUCGAACAGCUCAUUAUAAAAGCUGCACUUGCUACUUUAUCUGUCUUACACUAAGUUUUGUCUUGAUUUUGGCUGAAAAGCAUUUUCGGAAUUGGGAUUACAUAGACCCCUGCCUCUUUGUUGGUUACAUAGGCUAUUACUUUGUUAUGUCUAUGUUUUUGUGGCUUUUGAUCAUGAAUUAUGGGUUGUGGAAAAAAUACAAAAACAUUGGCAUUAAAAGGAAACUAAACUUUCGGAAGAGAAGUUGGUUUGUCUGGAUUACUUCUGCUGUACUACUAAUUAUUACUAUAGUAAUAGACAGUGUGAAUAAAGAUAAACAAUCGGCCUGGAAACCUGGAUUUGGACAUUUUUCAUGCUGGAUAAAUACUCGUAGUUUGCCACCGUUGUUCUUCUAUUAUGGUCCAAUACUUUUUAUAUUGGUGGUGAACAUUGUGUUCUUCAUUUUAACGGCAAGGAAUAUUUUCAAUGAAUCUAGAGAUAACCAACAAACCUUGGGCUCAGCAAAGAAUCGUGCAAGCUUUAAGCUAUUUUUUCGGUUUUUUAUUCUUGCUGGAGUAUUGUGGUUUUUGGAAAUCAUAGGAUAUCUUGACAAAUUGUAUACGAAUGUGGAGGGGCAAAGCUAUCAGAUCAUUCUUGAUUUUCUUUCAUCAGCUCAGGGCAUUAUGUUAUUUUGCGUAACAGUUUUAACACAGGAUGUGCGACAUUCUCUCAGUGAACAUAUUUUCAACAAAAAAAAAAAAAUGUGCACAGUUCAGCCAACCGCAAACGAUUCCCAAGCAUGAAUUAGAGCAAAGAGUCUUAUAACGGCCCCCAGAAGAUAUUGUUACACUUUGUCUUUUAUAUCGACUCUUCUCAACAAUCUGAUCAAACUUUUUAUAAAACAAAAGUACUAUAAUUAAGAAAAAAUCAAAUUUUAUAUUUAUCUUCAUUGCAUACAUGAAACAUUUAAAUUUAGAGUCUAUGUCGCAAGUCUAAAAAUUCACCCAUAGUGCAUUCGAUCACCAAAAAUGAAAAUACUUUUUAAUUAUUUUGUUUAAUAAAGUCAAAAUAUGUAAAAAAUUU